AUCGCUGUGUCCAACGCUCAGUCCACCAGACCGGCCGACUCAGCAGACAUGACAUUCAAGGUGUGUACAGCGGUCGUGCUGCUGGCAGCGACGGCCAGCGCCAUCUACGUGGAGCCCAGUUAUGGCGGUAAAAGCGCUUACUCUUACAAGCCUGCACCCGCCUACCACGCACCCGUCUACGCGCCAAAGCCCGUAGCCUACGCACCAGCCCCAGCGUACCACGCACCUGCUCCAGUGUACGCACCUGCCCCUGCCUACCAUGCUCCAGCAUACCAUGCGCCUGCUCCUGCAUACUACGCUCCAGCUCCUGCCUACCAUGCUCCGGCAUACCAUGCGCCUGCCCCUGCCUACCACGCACCUGCUCCAGCAUACCACGCACCUUCCUACGCUCCUAGCCACGGAUACAAGGAGGAGCCCUACGAUCCUCACCCCAAGUACUCCUUCGAGUACGGAGUCAACGACCCCCACACCUACGACAUCCACAGUCAGAAGGAGGAGCGCGACGGAGACGUUGUCCACGGGUCCUACAGCCUGGUCGAGCCUGACGGUUCCAAGAGGACUGUGGAGUACACUGCUGACCCUCACAACGGAUUCAACGCUGUCGUCCACAGAGAACACAACUCACACCCAUCCUACUCUCCUAAGCCCUACGCACCCUCCUACCCCGCCCCCUCGCAUUAUUGAUGUGAUAUAGCUUAAUCGAGUUACCAAUGUCUUCCUCGACUGUUUGUAUACUGUGUAUAAAGUACAAUUAGUUUUAGGUUGUUUUGUGUGUUUUGUAUUAAAAUUUGAAUGUUUAUUUAAA